AUGAGCCAGGAGGCAUCGGCUGCCGCGGCGUCCGAUGAGCGCUUUGCCACGACAUCAUGGGACGCCCAGGACGUCAGGGAAGAUCACUCAGAGGACCGUCCUAUCCCUGUUCUUUCGACUGAGGAGCUUGAAGCGUACAAAAAAAAGCAGCAAAAGCGCGGCAUAAUCUACCUAAGUCGGAUUCCGCCUGGCAUGACACCUGCCAAGGUGCGGCAUAUUUUCUCGCAAUUCGGCGAGGUCGGGCGCAUUUACUUGCAGCCUCAACAUGCGGCAUCCAAGAAAAGCACAUCGCGCUAUAGUGAGGGCUGGAUCGAGUUCCUGUCGAAACGCGUGGCAAAGACGACAGCGGAGAUGCUGAAUGCCCAGCCGAUCGGCGCAUUGGGCGGUGCUGCGCACUCGUCACGGCGAUCCUCCAGCGCGAGUGUGAUCAAUCGCUGGAAAGACGACAUAUGGACGAUGAAGUAUCUGAAGGGUUUCCGAUGGCCCAUGCUCAUGGAGCAAAUGACUCACGAGCGUGCGUCGCAUGCAGCGCGGCUACGUAUGGAGCUGUCACAGUCCGCUCACGAGCAGCGCGACUAUUUGCGAAAAGUCGAGCGCUCUCGACGCCAGCGCAAGCGCGAGGCCAGUGACGAGGCACCUAGUGCACCGGCGCGCGUUUUCCAACAGCGCACACCCAUAUACCGAGACGUGCGUGAUCAGCGUGCACAGGGCCAGGAAGGAGGUCACGGCGAACGUAAGCAAGACAUGGAGCAAGUAUUAUCACAGAUUUUCUAG